GAGGAAGGUAGGCGUGCAGCUGAAGCGCGAGGAGCCGGUGAGAGCAGAAAACGAGCGCGAGGACUAAAGACAGACAGCGGCUCGGAUUAAACGGCAACAGAGCGCGCGAGCGGUCCAGAUUCUCCGUCUGCUGCACGCGAGAAAGUACGGUCCCGUGCGCGCGUGCUGUCUGUUUCCGUGCACCCCCGUUCCCGUGCAGGAGCGUGCCCCCCUCGCGCGCCCUCGCGCUUCGUGUACCCCUUGGCUGGAUCGUGACCCCACUGCAUCUGUCCCCAUGGAGCCGUGGCGGCAGUGCGCGCUCUGGCUGAUCAGCUGCCGCGUGCUGCCGCCGCACCACCGCGUCACCUGGCCGUCCGCGCGCGUGUUCGACCUGGCGCAGACCCUGCGGGAUGGGGUCCUGCUGUGCCAGCUGCUCAACAACCUGCGCGCGCACACCGUCAACCUGAAGGAGAUCAACCUGCGCCCGCAGAUGAGCCAGUUCCUGUGCCUGAAGAACAUCAGGACGUUCCUGUGCGCCUGUUCUGAGGUGUUCGGGAUGAAGAAGAGCGAGCUGUUCGAGGCCUUUGAUCUGUUUGAUGUUCGGGAUUUUGGGAAGGUGAUGGACACGCUGUCCAGACUGUCCAGCACGGCCGUGGCUCAGCAGACUGGAAUAAAACCGUUUCCUACAGAGGAGAGCGUGGAGGACGAGGACAUCUACAACCACCUGGAGGACCUAAUCGAUGAGAAUGGCGUGGACGAUGAGGAAGACCUGUACGACUGUGUGUAUGAUGAUGAUGAAGGUGGGGAGGUGUAUGAAGAUCUGAUGAAGGCCGAGGCUGGAGCUCCACCAAAGCAGGCUGAGACGGACAUCAGGAGCUGCUGUCUGGCGGAGAUCAGACAGACGGAAGAGAAAUACACAGAGACACUCGAGUCCAUCGAGAAGUUCUUCAUGCGUCCGCUGGAACAGUUCCUCACGGCUGUAGAGAUCGACAGAGUCUUCGUUAACAUUCCAGACCUGGUGAAAGUGCACAAGAGCCUCCUGCAGGACGUCCAGAACUCCAUCGGUCACCAAAGUGCCAGCAACCUCCACCUGAUCUUCAUCGACUACAAGGAGAGGUUACUGCUGUAUGGUAAAUACUGCAGUCAGGUGGAGACGGCCAUCGCCUGUCUGGAUGAUAUCUGUAAAGAUAAAGAGGACGUCAGGCAGAAACUGGAGGUCUGUUCUAAACGAGCGAAUAACGGGAAAUUUACUCUCAGAGAUCUGCUGGUCGUCCCGAUGCAGAGAGUCCUGAAAUACCACCUCCUGCUCCAGGAAUUAGUGAAACACACUUCUGAUGCCACGGAAAAGAGCAACCUGCGCCAAGCUCUGGAUGCCAUGAAGGACCUGGCUCAGUAUGUAAAUGAGGUGAAGAGAGACAACGAGACGCUGAGAGAGAUCGACCAGUAUCAGAAAUCUAUAGAGAACCUGAAUCAGUCUCUGAGUAACUACGGUCGGCCUAAAGGAGACGGGGAGGUUCGAGUCGCUUCAGUGGACAAACGAGCCAAACAGGACAGGCACAUCUUCCUGUUCGACGUGGCGGUGAUCGUGUGUAAGAGGAGAGGAGAUGUGUAUGAAAUGAAGGAGGUGAUCGACCUCCACAACUUCAAAAUCACCAACAACCCCACCUCAGACAAGGAGAACAGGAAGUGGUCGUACGGAUUCUACCUCACGCACAAUCAGGGUCAGAGCGGCUUCGAGUUCUUCUUCAAAACCAAAGAGCUGAAGAAGAAGUGGCUGGAGCAGUUCGGCAUGGCCAUCUCCAACAUCCGGCCAGAGAAUGGGAACAGCAACCUCCACGAGUUCCGCAUGCACACCUUCGACAGGAUCACAGCCUGCAGUGCCUGCAAGAUGCUGCUCAGGGGUAUAUUUAAUCAGGGUUAUCAGUGCUGUAAGUGUGGAGAAGGAGCUCAUAAGGAAUGCCUCGGUCGAGUGGCCAUGUGUGGAAAAAGCAACAGCUCAGAUACAGGAUCCUUCAGGACUCAGGAGCGACCACACAGCCGCCGUGUAGAUCCAGGUUUACCGAAGAUGCUCGCCAUAAGGAAUUACUACGGUAACCCCACCCCCAUGUACGGCCCCGCCCUCAAUAUUACAGAGGGUGACAUCAUCGAGCUGAUCAGAGCAGAUCUACACAGCACCUGGUGGCAGGGUAAAGUCCUGUCGUCCAGAGAGGUGGGGUUCUUCCCCAGCGACGCGGUGAAGCCCUGCCCCUGCGCCAAGCCCAUCGAUUACUCCUCCCAACCCUGGUUUGCGGGGCGGAUGCAGCGGCUGGAGGCGGAGGCGGAGCUUGUUAACAGGAAGAACAGCACUUACCUGGUGAGGCACCGGGGCCACGACAGUAACGAGUACGCCAUCAGCAUCAAGUUUAGCAACGACGUGAAGCACAUCAAGAUCCUGAUCAGAGACGGAUACUUCCAGAUCGCCGAGAACCGCCGCUUCCGCAGCAUCCUGGAGCUGAUAGAGUACUAUAAGCAUCACUCUCUGAAGGAGGGGUUCCGGACGCUGGACACCACGCUGCAAUUCGCCUACAGAGAACCGGAGAACCGAGGAACCACCCCAUUGCUCUGCGGUCUUUCUUUUGUAACUCCCGUCGGCUGCAGCUUUAUUCCUCCCUCCUCUGCCCCCUUCUGGUCAGUGUUCGCUCCGAAGGUGAUCGGCGUGGCGAUCGCUCGUUAUGAUUUCUGCUCCAGAGACACGCGGGAGCUCUCUCUGCAGGAGGGAGACAUGGUGAAGAUCUACACCAAAUCAGGAGCUAACGGCUGGUGGAGAGGAGAGGUCAACGGCAGGGUGGGCUGGUUUCCCUCCACGUAUGUAGAGGAGGGAGAGGAGUGAGGGAGUGGGCGAGAGACCUGCAGUCAGAGCUGGAGAACAGUAAAGCCUGGAUUGGCUUUGGAUUGGUUAAAAAUCCGAAAACGGACUGAACCGGAGCCGUGGUGGAAUUCUGAAAGGCAGAGAGAAAUUCACCCUCACUCUCUCUUUCUCUCUCUUUCUCGCUCUCUUUCUCUGGUUGGGUGGAGGAGAUAGCGGCUGGAGGAGGGCGACCCUGCCAGUCAGCCAGAACACAGGGACUGGACUUUAUGCCGUGACCUUUGACCCCCUGGACCAGGCUGCCAUCCCUUUACACACCCAGAAGCCGUGGAACUGUCACAAAUGGAAACACGGUGUGUGUGUGUGUGUGUGUGUUGAUGUGAAUGCGUGGGAAGAAUCCUACUGUGUGUGUGUGUGUGUGUGUGUGACCUUGAGUUCCACUUACCUGCGGCAUUAUUGAUGAGUCUGUCCCCCUUCUUCUCAGCGGGGUUCAGGAGAAAUGUCCUCGCUCUCUUUUUCUCUCUCUCUCUUUUAUGUCAUCACACUUUUUCAACCAUAUAUUAAAGCGAUAGUUCAUCAAAAAUCAAAAAUAACCCCAGUUCCACACAUCUUACCCCUAAAGUAUUCAAUCAGCCAGGUAAUGUUUGGUAUCUGAAGUUUGCCUAUAUCCUUUUAUAGGGAUAAUGUUGCUAUCAAGUAAUGGAAGUCUAUGUACACCAGUUAGCAUCUUCUGUAUUUGUAUGCUAUUAGCACUAAUCAGAGCUGGGGCUUCUGGGACUUGUAGUUCUGAGAGCUUGCUCCUCUUUUUGCUUCCCAUCCUAUGAUCUAAAAUGUGGUGGAAUUUUCUCCCAUAGUUUCUAAUCAAUCACACUUUUAUAGAAUGGCUUUUCCCAUAUUUCAGUGUUUACUCUAACUCUUAAAAUGCUCUAUAUUAUUCACAGAUGUUUGGCCAAUUUUACACAGUGCAAAAUAUAGUUUUUCCAUAUGGGCACACAUGGGUUAUAGCAUAAUAAUAAUUCAAUUCAUGUGCGCAAGAAAUAUCCCAUACAGAAAAGAAAUAUAUAGGUAGGCCUCUUACAAUACCAAUAAUUGAUAAUAUAUAAUAAUAAUAAAAAAAUGAUUUUAUGAGUUAUUUUAAGACCAUUUUAUGGCAUUAAUAUCAUGGUGCAAUGACACUAUUUGCACCAGAAUAGUGAACUCUAAAUUAUUAUUUAAAAAUGUGUUUAGACAUUGCAAUUGGAAAGAAUAUUUAAAAUAAAAUAACAAUAAUAAUACAAAUAAAAUGAAUCAGCUGUUUUUAAACAAUGUGAGCUUAUUGGUUCGUUUAAAUUAAACCAGAAAAAUCAUUUAAAAACCAUAUUUAUCGAUUCAUAUCAAAUACAUUGUUUAGUUUUAAAAUAUAUAUAUAUAAAAAAUAUGUUUUUUCUUUUUAAAUACAUUCGCAUCUAUUUAUUUUCUAUAUGGGAUCAAAUUCGAUGUGACAAUGUCAUCGAUAUAUAUCAUCAUUCUACGUCACCAGAAGCAUAUAGCCACAGGUCUAUAACUGUAGUUUAUACAGUCGUUUUGAACAUUCAGUGGAACUACAGCUUUGGGAAACACUGUGUAUCUUUACGAUGAUUUAUAUUAUGCAAUAUUAUGCAAUUCUCAAAUUGAAGUUCAAAUUAGCUAUGUAUGUGUUUUUGGGAAACGCACCCUUGAAUUGCUUUUUGAGCAUCUAGUGGUUGGUUGACGAAUUUGUGCAAGGAAUUCUGGGAACUGUAGUGCUGCUAAACAUUGAGCAACAUGACAAACAUGUAUAAAAGGAUAAAUUCAGCACAGAUUGGCUCUUUUAGUGAAUUUAGUUUUGGUUUAUAGCACACGAUUGUCUAUAAGCCUUGGCUAAAUGCUAACUGCUAACUAGAAGCAAACUUCAGAUACCAAAUUUCUCUUGUCUAAUUAACUGUAUUUCAGGUAUUUUAGCUAUAGUAGACCACUGUGUAUUUCAGGUUUUAAACCGAAGUAUCGCUUUAAGGUCACAUUGUCACUCUUCCACCUCCGCUGAAGCUGAUCGCCAUCAUUUUCUUCUUCUACGUCCUUCCCCUCUCCUCUCCUCCCUCGCUCUCACUUUUCCACUUCAGAGGAGCUGGCUGGUUGUUGUCUGUUUGGGUUUCGCUUUGUUCUCUCGAUGUUUUUUCGUCGUUGUUGUUGCUGCUUAUCUCCGGAGAUGUUCCGUGGGCUGUCGUGACAUGUUUAUCUGAUUUAGCGUGUUAGCGUAUAGUCGGGGAACACACAGCGCGAGAGGAGGCAACAGCCAGGCAGGCGGCUGACAGAAAACAAAAGAGCGCGAGAGGGGGAAAGAGAGAGAGAAUAAAAGAGAGGGAGAGAAACAGCAUGGUCUUUCUGUCCAAACCGAAGAUCUCAUUAGAUACUACAGUCACAGCCUGCUUAAUCUGCUAAUGAGGAGAUAUAGCUGCACGUCGUCAGCGUGUACCACCCAGCUUAUUAACUCCAUAUAAACGAGCCCGAGCUGCGUUCACAUUACGGCGUCAAACUGGUUCAAAUCUGAUUCAUUUUCAUGCAUAAAAAAAAACUGAUCUGAAUCACUUACAUUACAGUACACUUAGGCAGCAAUAUUAUAUCCAAAAGAAGCAUUCACGUACUUUAAUCUCUUAAGCAUGCAUUUUUUAUUUAUCUUUGUGCUAAUUUGGGCUAAUUGGCACCUGAUCCGUGUAAAAACAAAGAUGAUGUAAAAACUACAUGAUGUAGUUUCUGAGAAAAAACAUUAUGUCCACAUAUGAGGACUUAAGUUUUAUAUAUUUUUAUAGAACACAAUGAAAUUGCAAUUAGAAAUGAUUUUGUGCAAAACAAAAGUAGAAAGUGAUAUAAAGAAGACAUAAAGUAAAAAACGUAAACAGUUACUGUAUUUAUUGUUCAUUUACAUUCAUUUCUGAACAAAACUCUUCUGCCACCACUAGGUGACACUAUAAUGGCCUCAUAAGAGGACACCAGGCUCUUGUACAGCAAAAUUUACUGUUGUGCUCUAGACUUAAAACUUAAAAUGUAAUGUCCAACCAUGUGGACACCAGGUCCUAGGAGGUUAAAGGGGCACUAAACCCCCUUAUCUUAGCUGACUCCACACUUUUAGCUCAAUUUUGCAAAAAGCUAAAAAUAAAAAUGGCACUGGGUGAUGUGAUGUAUGGGUUUAGGGGCAGGGUCAGAUAAUUACCAUAUGCAGAUCAGCAGAUAUACAACAACCAAUCAAAAAACAACAGCCUAUUUUUACCCAUUCCUCAUGCAUCGUUUAAAUAGCAACUGUUUUUCUGAAUAUAUCUACACCGAUGGGCGUGGUGUUCUGGUUAUGAAAUGAGGUGUGUUCAGGUACAUUUCUGGAGUUUUGCUUGUUUAUCUUGGUAACAGAAAACACAGGAGCUCCACUGACUGAAUACAACCUAGACAGACGCCAACAGUCAACAGUCAGACGUUCAUUGCUAUAUUGGCAGUGCACAAACCCAUAGCGUGAGCAAACUUUUUUACAUCAACAAUUAACAGAAUGAACAAGCAUAAACGAGCAGCUCAGUUUUUUCAUUGACAAAGCAUUGGACACGUCCAGUUACCUGCGCCGUUCAAAUAGCAAUUCGCCAAAGUCAGAGCUCACCUGGUUCUUAAAGGAAAGGGUGAUCAUGUGACAUUCUGAUUGGUUUCAUUUUUCACAUUACGCCCAAAAUUAAACACACUCAUGAUUAAUUAAGAGAAUUAUUACAAGACUAUAGCCUUUUGUGCGUUUCGAGCUGUGCAUGGUGUACUUUUCCCGUCGUUACGAUAGCAAAGACACACUGACACGCCCUCUAAAUCAAGCUAAUGACUCGCCUAUAGAUCAGUAAAAUUAAAUCAAGCAAUCUGAACAGACAUAAACCAGCCAGCAUUACACUCUAUAGCCUGUGACUUGAAAUGAUGCAACAAUAUUAUGGGUAUUUUAUUUUUUUCUCUUAUUUCUACUAUUGUUUUAUGAUUUUUUAAAUCUUAAAAUGAUGCUUUUUACACUCCUUAGUGUGUUUUUGAAGUGUUACAGAUCAGAAACUCGAGCGAAUGAAGCAGAAAAAUGUAUUUUUCCAUCCCAGUAAGUGUGAAGAUGAUGCAGAAGGAUGUUUAUAGAUAUUUAUUGGUGUAUAUAUCUAUAUCUAUAUAAAAUCUAAAGGAGGGUUGCUCUGUGUUCAGUAUGAUGUUCUCUCAUUGUGUUUUAAUGUCCUGGUUAGCCUGCAGUGUAGCUCUGCUGCCGCUAGAUGGCGGCACCAUUAGCGGAUGCAUUCUUAUACAUCCCAUUUACAACAACACCUCGCUAUUAACAGUUUAAUGCACAUACAGCUCUGGAAGAAAUAAGAGAGCACCUAAAAAUGAUGAGUUUCUUUGAUUUUACCAAAUUGAAAACCUCUGGAAUAUAAUCAAGAGGAAGAUGGAUGAUCACAAGCCAUCAAACCACCAAACUGAACUGCUUGAAUUUUUGCACCAGGAGUAAAGCAGCAUAAAGUUAUCCAAAAGCAGUGUGUAAGACUGGUGGAGAAGACGAACUUGCUAAGAUGCAUGAAAAAAAAACUGUGAUUCAAAGCCACCAGGAUUAUUCCACCAAAUAUUGAUUUUUAAACUCUUAAAACUUUAUGAAUAUGAACUUGUUUUCUUUGCUUUAUUUGAGGUCUGAAAGCUCUGUUUCCUUUUUUUGUUAUUUAAGCCCUUUUUCAUUUUCUGCAAAUAAAUCCUCAAAAUGACAAUACCUGUAGUUUAUAGAACAAACAUAAACCUAUAAAUAGUCAGAAAAUCAGAGAAACUGAUUCAGAAACUGAAACUCAUUUAGAACUGAAUAUUAUAUCCAAAAGCAGCAUUCAGGUGCUUUAAUAAAGGGGCUCUAAACCUCCUGGUUUUAGCUAACUAAAAGACUAAAAAAAAAGCCCCGGGUUAUGUAUGGGUUUAGGGGCGUGGCCCUAAAACUGAUUCAGAAACCAAAGUGAUCUCUUCAUUUAUUCCAGAGCUGUAUAAGACAGUUUUCCUUGCCUUAUCAGUACUAUGUAACUCUCCCUCGCUUGCACACUUCCCUUCACUCUCUCGUUCUCUCUCUCUCUUUCACUCUCUCUUUAGCGCUCUCUCUCUCUUCAGCUCUCCAGGCCCGAGGGUUUGGAGGGUAAUUGGGGGGACUCUUUCCCUGCUUGGUGCCAGAGGGACUGAACUGGCUCUGUAAUGGUUGGAGGUUGCGGGGGUCCGUACUCUGAGUAGAUUAUCCCUUUGAUAAUCUAACCCUCUGCAGUGUAGACCCCACGGGUGUGUGAACCAAAGGCCUAUUUUAGAAUCUAACAGCGAUUCUGUUAACAGAUAUAACAGUGAUAUUAUAUCAGCGCUGCUCACACCAACACAAUACCACCAUACACGCCUUCAGCCUGCGCUGCUUAAAUAGAUAUCUGCCAAAGUCAGAGCUCGUCCGGCUCUUAAAGGGAAUGACAAAUAAUACACAGUACACCCAUGAUUAAUUAAAGGUCUCCAAUUCAUUUUAAAAUGUCUAUUUGUGACUCUAGUAUAAAAAAAACGCUCAGGUGUUUCUAUUCAGCCCUGCUUUAGUUCACUGAAUAAGUGGUCUCUGAAGAAACACAGGAUUUGGUUCUUGCUCAUGAAUAUUCAUUCAUUAAACUCAAAUGAUUUAAGUCUGUUUUACAUAAAAUUGGACAUUUCUAAUCAAUACUCAACAAUUUUGAGUUAGCUGAACAUUAGAAAUAAAUCAACUUCCCCUUUAGUUGUAAUAAAUUGAUGUUCUAAGUUAUGCUAUCUUAAAUUUUCAUUACCCAUUACUUAACUUUCUUAAGGCAAAAGGUUUCCUCAAAUGUUUUAAGUAAAUUCAACUUAUCCGGUUUUACAGUGUACAUGCAAAUAGAUUGCCUCUGAUUGGCUAACCUAACAGCACUGCAGCAGAGAACGCCUACCUGCUGCCUUCCCCCCUACUGACAAUUUUACAGCUUUAAAACUUAAAGGACUAAAUGUUUUCAGAGAUACAGCCUCAGUUAUAAAGAUAUAACAUUGAGUGAAAGAUUAAGUUAACCCUUAAACUUCUUAAGUUGACUUGGUGAUUCAGUGCUUGGGCAGUUUCACCACGUCAAAGCUUCAGAAAUUCGCUCUAUAUCAUAAAAUCUGAUCCGAACGGCGCCCGUUUUUGACCGGUGUUCUGUCGAGUUGUGCAACCCUGUCAAACCGUGCUUCCCUAGUGUAUAUUUAAAGUCUUGGUAAAACACAGAAUCAACCGGAGAUCCUAUUUAAACCUACAGUUACUUACACAAGAUAGCUAACAGAAGCUGUAAACAGAGCUGUUAGCUUCUCAUUAGCUAUAGCUGCUAAUGCUCUAGCAUGCAUAUCGUCACUGUCCAAUGAAAAAGUAGUACAAGUAUCUCCAAAACAGCAACUUUACAGGAGAGAGAAAAACCUUGUAAACUUUCAAUGGAAGUCAAUGUAAAAAAAAGUUUAUUUCAGGUCAUUUUGAAGAGUUUCUAUUGGUCUGUGCAUCAAGAAAUUUUGGCACAGUGUAAAUUGUUCAAAUGUAGUACACUAAAAAUCGACAAAAAUGGAGAUAAGUGUUUUUUUUUACAGGACAGCGACAAUAUACAACUCAAAGAGACCUAUAGUAUUGCAUAGAGAACAAGAAAAAUUGGAUUCUAGUGGAAUCAGACCUUUAAAGGAAAUGACAAGUGACGUACUGAUUGGUUUAUUUCACGUUAUGCCCAAAAUACACCCAUAAUUAUUUAAGAGAAUUAGUACAUGCCUUUUGUGUUCUCUUCGAGCCACGCAAGUUGUACGAUAGCAAAGACAUACUGAAACGCCCUUAAUUAAGCGGCACUGUGCAUGGUUAUUGGCUAAUCUAAAGAUGACUUAUAUAGAGCCCUUUAUUGGACAAAAGUAUUGGAAAAGCUAUAAUGUAGGUAUAAUGGUAUAAUGUAUAAUAGGUAUAAUGUAUUGGUUUGCUAUUACUUUUAUCCAUAUACCUUAAUUUAAACUGUGUUUGUUCGGAUUUAAUUCUAACUUGUUAUUAAAGCGAUAGUAUUAUUCCUCCCUCCUCCACCCUGAUCUCCAGCCUCUCCAGCUCCUCUGUUCUCUCUGUUUAUUCAUCUCCUCCGUCUGUAUUCUCUCCAUCGCUGUUCCUCAGUAGCGCUGCUGCUCUGUAAUAAUGAGGGUUAGCGGAAAGCUAACGAGGUUCACCCACAGACAGCAGCAGCAGCAGCAGCAGCAGCAGUAGGUAAAAGUGUUUAUUGGGGUAAAUGUAGCACUCUCUCCUCUCGCCCUUUCCUUUCUCUCUAUGAUAAAAGGAUUUGCGGCGUAUCCUCAGCCCCGCUGGAGCCGCCGGAAACUUCAGUAAGCCAUAUUUAUACUGUGGUACUCUGAAUAAACCGCGGCACAUCAGCUCUUCUUCACCAAAGCCAAAGAUAUACUUGACCUGGGGCCACGGAACCGAGCCGCAGUGGCCUGUCCUGUUGCUGUGCAAUUCAGAUUUUUCCAUGUUUAAAUACUGCUGUAUUAUACUGUACAUAUGUAAAUGUAUAUAUAUAUAUGUAUAUCGCACAAUAAAAUGUAUAUUGCUUCUUUUUCAAA